CAUGACGUCACAUUGGACAAAUGGCGGGCGUGGAAACAGCAGCAGAGUGACGUCUCGCGACUGUUUCCUCCUCCCUGUGCUUUAAGCAGCUGGACACACCUGCCAGGUUACUUCUUACUUCACCUGUGAGAAACAACUAAAGGAUUGAGCUCGCUACUUUUGGACAAAGUCACGGAUAGUUUCGGUGAUGUUGACCGGAGUCUAAACAGAAAUCAAUCAAAAAUGACUUUUAGCAGCUGGAAGAAGCUUUGCUAACAGACUCAACAGGAACAUUGAAUAAAAAAAUAAAAAAAAGAAGAUGUCUGGCCUAAGUACUUUAAUCACAGACUCAACUGAAGAGGAUGCACUUUCACCUGCAGAGCCACAAAUAGCAGGAAGUAAAAAACCAGAAGAAAGCAGCAGCAUAGAGGAAAGACAGGAGCUUACAGACGAGGAAGAAGAAGACAAGAAUUCAAGGGAGGAGGAGGAGGAGGAAGAGGAAGUGACCAGCUCUGCUCAUCUGGAGCCGACCACUCUGCCAUGGCCUGGAGACACAGCCAAGAGGCCUCAUACGGACAAUGACGAUGGAGUCUGGUCUGAAGAGAGGGACACAGGAUUCAGCGGAGGAAGCCAGGAUCUGUCGGAGGAGCACAGCCAGGCCAAGAGCGACAGAAAGAGCAAGUGGAGGGAGAGCAUGCCUGAGGGCGAGAGGUGGAGGGACGAUGAGAUUGAGGUGCAGCGCGACGAUAAAGGGGAAGGCUCACUGGCAGACGAUGAAGAUGAGGAGGACGAGGAGGAGGAGGAGGGAGAGUCGAAUUGGAUCUCAGAGAAAGCUGCUCUGGGUUUCUCUCCACAAGUCACAAUUGUGCGUCCGUCCAGCAAAGAGCUUCCUGAGGAGAGCAGGCUGUUCAUAGAGAAGGACAUCGAGACGGAGCCCGACUCAGCAGCGCAGAUUUAUUCAGAGUGGACAACACAGGACGACAAGUACUACCUGUGUGAGCCUCUGUGCAGCGAGAAACUGAAGCUGGCCCUGUCGACGACGGCUGCAGGGCUCCUCUUCCCUCUGCUGGUGUGGGGAGGUUACGCCCUCCUUCCCUUUGAGUCACCGCUGCUGGAGAGCACCCCUCUCAGGGUGGUGUACACCCUACGCUGCUCCUUCUUCGCCAUCAUCCCCAUCAUGCUCGGUGUGCUGGUGCAGGGCGUGGCCCGGCUGCGCUACAGCGUCCUGAAGCCCCUCUAUCAGAGUAAACUGGUGAAUAGAGAGGUGGCAGUGCACUGGCACUACGUCAACGAAUCGCUGACCCUCUUCCUCUUCUACUUCCUGCAGCUCGCUGUCUUGGCAACCUACAUCAGCCAGGACCUGGUCAAACUGGUGCCGCUGCUCACCAUCAUAUUUGUUUUCGGCAGGCUGAUCUACUGGCUCUGCCUCUCUCUGGGCAGCAGCUUCAGGGGCCUCGGCUUCGGCUUCUCUUUUUUCCCCAUGCUGGCAAUGCUGGGCGUCAACCUGUACUUCAUCUGCUCCUCAGUCGGACAAGGGGCGGUUUUUGACGUGGAACCUCCCACGACUGCUCCUCCUCCAAGGCAGCGCUGGUGGGGUUAAAGGGCGACGUCCCAAAAGUCAACGAGGAGUUAAGAGACAAACAACUGAAAACACCUUUUUAAUAUCAUGACACUCGGACAGCUUGGCUCGUUCUUCUGGUGUCCUGGUGUUGAAAUCCUUCAGAUUUCCGUCCUGCUUGAUUUGGUGACACCUUUGGUUACCAUAGUGACACCAAGUGCAAAUUAAUGCUACAGCAAACUCUUUAAUUAUUAUUAAAAUAGUAAUUUGUCAAAAAAACUCCCCAAAAUGUCCGACGGAACAUUUGUUUCUAACCCCGGUGACGAACACAUUUUGCUCCCAUGACUGCGUCACAAUAAAAGCCUCUGCUUCAUUCUCCAGUUUGAGGUUUAAAUGUGACGCAGCAGCAGGAAAGGUUCUGUUUGCAUCAGCAGAAGCAACAGUGAGGCUGUUUGCUCUGGAUUGCAUGCAUGCAUCGUUUCCCGUGAAUCCCUUGUGUUUUAUGAAGGAAAUUGGAAAUGGCGGACUCCGCCAUUUCCAAUUCAUGGUAUCAAAAGUUUUGAUUUCAUGAAAAUCUCAAAGAUUAUAACUUUUAGUGUUUGCUUAUUUCUUAAGCCUUUUGCGAAAAAGAAAUGAAUGAUAUAAAGCAGGUUGUGGGUUUAUUUGUAGCUUAAAAAAAAUUAAGAAAUGCUAUAUUCACAUGCUAGUUAAGAAAGGAAGGUGAAAAGGUUUACAUAUAAAUAAAAAGCUCUUGUGUACAAGCAAAUACAGAAGGGCUCUUUUUACAGUGUGUUUACUAAUUACUAAUCUUCCAUUAUAAAUCAUUAAACAGUCUCUAACAAUCAGGCUGGGAGGCAUCGAGUGUAAAGAUGUGAUGCAGAAAAAUAAAGACGGAAAAGAAAAACUGAAUGUCAGAAGCACAGAAUCAAGUGAGUUGAAUAUCUAACGUAAACAUUUAAGAACUAUACACUUUUUAUACGAGAUUGGAUUAACUUUUAUGAAUUUUUACAUUUUUAUUUUGUUGUCACAACUUGUACUAAUGGUAAACUUUAUAUGUAUCAGUGAGACUGUUGAAUGCAUCUUUGUUUUAUUGAGCAACGGCUUUUCUUUGUUUAUAGCGGUGUAAAUUGUUGGUCUGCCUUUGGAUAGGUCUCUUUUCUUUAUUUUAAAUGAAUUAUUUGCAUUAUGAGUGAAUUAUUUAAAGCAUUAUUUGCGUCUUUGAAGGAGUUCAAUAAAGCAAAAACAAAUGAUA